AUGACUAGUACACCAAAACUAGAUGCUAACCAAUUAGCAAGACAACGGAAGAAAUUAGAAAAGGAUCGAAGGAAGAAAGUUUAUGAUGAUCAACAAGUUCAAGGUACCAACAACUCAUCAAUAGUCUCGAAACGUAGUGUGGAAAAGUUAUAUACCCAAGUUUUGCAACCUGAGCUUGGAGAAUGGUUUCAAUAUUUUGUCCCCAAGGGUAAAAGACGAUCACCAGCUAUAAAUCGAGGAUAUUGGAUUAGAAUGGAACUGAUUCGACAAAUGGUUAUAAGGAUAAUCAAGGCUAAUGAUCUGAAUAUGUUGGUAAAUGUUGUUAAUUUAGGGUGUGGAUUUGAUCCAUUGGCAUUUCAAUUGUUAUCACUUUUCAAAAAUCAAUAUAAUUUGAACUUUAUUGACAUUGAUUACCCAGAUUUGGUCAAGAAUAAGUAUAAUAUGAUUCAACAAUCAGAUGAAAUUAAACGGCUCAUAGGUGAUCAAAGCAGCAAAUCCAGUGAUUUAUAUGUAAUGGAAACCGAUACUUAUCAAUUAGUUGGAUGUGACUUGAAAGAUUUGGCACAUUAUAAAGAAAUACUACCGAAACUAGUGUCACGUAAUGUUGAAUCAUACCCUAUAUCAAUUAAUAUAUUUAUUGCUGAAGUUUCAUUAGCAUAUAUGAAACCUCAGUUUGCUAACCCGGUAAUUGAAGUAUCGAGUCAAGUAAACAAUAGUCAUUUUUUAAUACUUGAACAAAUCAUGCCAGAUGGUGCCACCAAUGCCUUUGCCACAAAAAUGUUGUAUCAUUUCCAACAUUUAAGAAGUCCUAUUCAAUGUGUAGAAACAUAUCCCACUGAGCAACUACAAGUGGAACGAUUUAAACAGUAUUAUCAAUAUGUUGAAAUUAAGAACUUGUAUGAAAAUUGGAAAUUUUUGAUAUACUACCAAAUGAAGAAGAAUAUAUCCACAAUUGAAGAAUUUGACGAAUGGGAAGAGUUUAUUAUGUUUUGCCAACAUUACGUGAUUGUGCAUGCUACUAAUAUGGACCAAUUGAUAUAUAAAGAAGAUAUUAACGAGGAACAAAAGAAUAAAGACGCUGUUGUGGACAUGAGUUUUGAUUCCUUGGUCGCAUUUUCUUACGACGAUAGGUUCAAUGAUGAACAAUUGCAAUUGAAAUUCCCAGCUAUUGCAUUCUUUAAAGAUAAGAUUUAUGUUAAUGGUGGGUUAAAGCAAACUCGAAAUGAUGAAAAUUUGGAAGUUGAUUUACAAAGAGGGGAAAUUACCAAAUUGGAUAAACCCGAGAUUUUACCGACGGCAAGGAUGUGCCAUACAUUAACCAAUUUAGGUCAGAACCUUAUUUUAAUUGGAGGAAGAUCUCGACCAGGGGUAUUUUUCAAAGACGUGUAUCUUUUUGAUACAGCUAAGAAAUGGACAAGAUUGGCUGAUUUACCAAUUGGUCGUUCAAGACAUGCAACUGUGAAGAUCAGUGAUGAUCAAGUUUUAAUAUUUGGAGGACUUGACGCAUCAUCACCAGCUACUGAAGACGGAUUGUUUCUUUUAUACAACAUCAAUACAAAUUCUUACAAGACCCUCAGACCUACUGGUGAUAAUAAAGAUAAUUGUAUAAAAAAUCUACAAAGUGCAUGUAUGAUCUACGAUGGGAAACAGGGGUAUAUUUUUGGUGGGAUGGAAGACACUAACAUACCAAUUGUCAAUUCCAAAUUAUAUCGAUUUGAGCUUAUUGGUGAAAAUAGUAUAUCCAUCAACAAUGUGUUUGAACAUGGUCUUUUAAAAAGAAUUGGCAGCAAAGCUCAGAUACUUGGAAAUGGCGAUAAAUUGUUAGUAGUAGGUGGAGUUUCACCAGAUCAACUCUUCACUAAAACCACCAAUAUUGUGACAUUAGAUUUGAAUAAUUUUACGUUCAAAUUAGUCGAAAUACCGAUUGAAAUAAGAGAAAAGGUCCCACCAAUUUUCAUUGGAUUUGAAUUAGUUCAAAUUAAUAAUAAAGUAUCGUACAUCAUUGGCGGUGGUGCUGUUUGUUAUUCAUUUGGUAGUUGUUACAAUAGUGUAUAUAAAUUAGAAUAUUAA